AUGGAGAUUAGUAUUGUAUUCGCAAUCCUCGUCACUGCGAUGACACCUGCGUGCAUGGCUGCCGCUGAAGGCGAGCUUCGCUUGCGUGUCACGAAACCUCUCGCUAGGCGGGCCAGCAACGGCCAAUCCGCGAGCUCCAAUGUCCUCACCUUGAGGAAAGGAGUAAAGACGGCCAAGUCCUCAUCCUACUUGAAAAACUUGAGGGUGGCUUCCCCCUCUAACCACGAUAGGCAUAACGGCGAUGGGCUAAUACCUGUGGACGACAUUCUAUCUGCGGAAUAUGUCACAGAAAUCGCAUGGAACGGGAUUCCUGUGAAUGUCCUCGUUGACACUGGCUCAAGUGAUUCGUGGCUGAUCCAGGAUGGCUUCACGUGCGUGGACCAACAAAACAAGACGCAGCCGGGCACAUUCAACGGUGGGGUUAUUUCGAAUCAGCACUUCAGCCUAAUGUAUGCCGACCUCGAGUUUAUGACCGGUGCAAUGGGGUACGAAACAGUGAUUGUUGCUGGAAUCACUAUCGAGAAACAGGAAGUAGCCCUUGUCAACUACACGUAUUGGUUUGGAGACAAUGUGACAAGUGGUCUAAUGGGGCUUGCAUAUCCUCGUUUGACCAGUGCUUAUGUUGGAACAAAUUCGUCGGCGAACGACCUCGAUGAGCAGGUGCCUUACAACCCGAUAAUGACUUCGAUGAUCAAACGAGGGUUAAUAGAGCCAGUAUUCAGUCUUGUGUUAGAGAGAGACUCAGACCAGGGAUUCCUAGCUCUCGGUGGUCUGCCCACGAUCAAUCAGACGGGCCCCUUUGCGACGACCCCAAUUGUAAUGAAUAUCUGA